AAAAAAUUACCAGCUCUAGCUAGAGUUAAACAAGUUCGUGUACCAAAUGCCUAUGAUAAAACAGCUUUAAAACUUGAAAUUGGAGAUAUAAUCAAAGUCACAAAAACUAAUAUUAAUGGUCAAUGGGAAGGAGAGCUAAAUGGUAAAACUGGACAUUUUCCAUUUACUCAUGUGGAAUUUGUGGAUUCUGAUAUGAAUGAUUGCAUAAGUGACAGUUAAUUUUAAUAGUUAUUAUAGCUUCUCAGUUCUCUUAGAUAUUAUUUAAUAUUUUUUUUAAUACAUUUUAUAAAUGGCAACUAACUAGAUAGGUUAAUACAGAUAUAUUUUACUAUAAUGAAUCAUUGUAUGUUAAUUCAUUGAAAUAGAGUUUAUCUUGAAAGAAACCCAUUAGACAUAUACUAGAAAACCUUGUAUUGUAAAGAGAUUUUUGAAUUGUAUUUUUAAUAUGUGAAAUAUACUGUAUUGCACUAAUUGUUCAAUAAAGUAUCAGCAAGCCAAACAUAUCAAAUAUAAAAGUUUAUUUAAGUGAUUCAAAAAAUAUUAUUUAUACAUAAAUUAGUCCUGGUGUAACUGAAUAAUUUACAAUAUUUACUAUUAGUGGUAGAAAAGAUAACCAACUAUUAAUUAGAUAGAUAUUUAGUGRACAUAACCAAACAAAUUAGUCAGUUAAUGACUAACAAUUAAAUAUUUAACUUGAGACCGACAAAUAAAUAUAAUUAAUAGUUAGUUAAAAAGUAUAAUUUUUAUUA